GGGGUGCUGGGAAAGGUCAAAACGUGACCUGGCUUUUCCCGCCAUUUUUAAAUGUGUUGUUUUUCGCGUUAGCUGCACCUGAAGACAUCGCUAUUUCCUUUUCACUCCCUCCUGGACUCACGGUCUCAGCACCAGAAUGAAGACUAAGAAGCUAAGCCUCGUCGUGGCUGCGUGUAACAACAUGGGCAUCGGUGUGGAUGGCAAGAUACCCUGGACACUCAGGGGAGACAUGAAGUUCUUCAGCAGACUCACAUCAGGGACAGAGGAAGAAGGGAAACAGAAUGCAGUGGUGAUGGGUAGGAAGACUUGGUUCUCCAUACCUGAUCGCUUCAGGCCUCUCCCCAAGAGACUCAAUGUUGUCUUGAGUCGCAAUCUCACAACACCACCAGAGGGCGCCCAUCACCUAGCAGGCAGCCUGGAGGAAGCAGUGAAGAUGUUGACUGAAACAACAGUGGCAGAUACUAUUGACAAAGUCUUCAUCAUUGGAGGAAAUUCAGUGUACAAGGAUGCCCUGAGUCAUCCCUGCUGUCACAGAGUCUACCUAACCAGGGUAUACAAGGACUUCCACUGUGAUACGUUCUUCCCCAACAUGGACGAUACCUUUAAACUUGUCAGUGACCCCACAAUACCUUCGGAGAUGCAAGAAGAAAAUGGCAUCGAAUAUAAGUAUGAGGUGUAUGAAAAGGUUGCAUGAGAGGGCCCUGUAUGCUACCUUGAAGGAACACAGGAUCAUGAAAUGGCCACAUUCCUCUGCUGUGUACAGGUGUUAUGAAGUUCACUUUCAGUACUGUAGAUCUUAAGCUAAAGAACAGCUCGUCAAGGAAGGCUAGACAUGCAGGUAAUAGGAUGUGCCAAGUAGUAGUAGUUACUCAAGCAACUGGAUAUGGUUUUGGAAAUGGUGAGAUGUUUCAGGUAACAUCCACUACCCUUUGUCCGUGACACUAGGCAGAUCUGCUGCAGAGCAGGUUUUACACUCUAACUAUAUAGUACAACAGUAAGACAAACUCUUACAUAUCUCCUUUACAUAUCAAUUCAUAGUUAGACUACAAAACCUGAUCUGCAACAUUUCUGCUAAGUGUCACUGGCAAAAGGAAGUGGAUACUAUCUAUGUCUCAUCAUUUCCCAAAUUAUAUCCAUUUUCUUGGAUAACGACUAUUUGGCAAAAGUGACUGCAAAACAAGGCUGAAAAGCCUCUGAAAGUUAAAUGGUUACGGCUUAAGCCGAAAUGAGUAUUUCGUGGUUUUUAAUGAUGCUGCUGAUAUAGACUUGUACAUUAUGUACUUGGUGAACCCUGACAGCCAAUUUUUACUGCGGAGGACAUAGUAGUGGCCUAGAAGAUGUGGUAAAUGUAUUUGAAGUAGAAUCUAAUUAUACAAGGUGUAAGAUACACAAUGUAUGACCCUUGACAUGAAGAGGUCAAUGUUUUCCCAUCAGGAAAGCCAUCACAAGGAAUCAUGUUUUCCUUGUUUAAAUAUGUUAGAUGUUUAUCGAUGUAGCAUGCUUAAAAUUAAAUCACGAUUAUAGCAGCCCGCCCGUCACAUUUCUAUGAAGUACUACUAAUACUGUUGUAAUGGUGUAGUAUAUACUUAUCAUAUCUCGUCUUAUAAUCUCUGACUCUAUAGAGGCAAUGGGGUAUUUCAUUCACAAUUUGUUGCUGAAAAUGCUGAUUUGAAUAUAUAUUGCAGAGACGCUUUA